UUCUUCUGCGUUUAGGAUUCCAUUUUCUCUCCUUUGUAUCAAGUUUUCAACUUCGACGCACGCAACACACUACUUUCUCUUUCUCUAAUUCAGAGUUGUUGGAGGGUGGAGGUUCCAUCUUCAAUUUGAUUUGCAGUGUUACUGAUUCAACGCUUAUUCCAAUCAUGGAGCUCCUACACUACACCUCCACGGAUCCGCCAACUCCUCUGCUACCCGACACCGUCGACGGUGCCCUUGAUUCUAAAGGUCGCCCGGCCCUCAGAUCCUCCUCCGGCACUUGGGCCUCCGCUUCUUUCAUAAUAGGAGUGGAAGUGGCGGAGAGAUUCGCGUACUACGGAAUCAGCUCCAACCUUAUAACCUACUUGACGGGGCCACUGGGCCAAUCUGUGGCUGCGGCCGCCGAGAAUGCCAACAUCUGGUCCGGCCUCUCAAUGCUCCUCACUCUCCUCGGAGCAUUUCUUGCCGAUUCCUUCUUCGGACGCUACCGGACCAUUGUUUUUGCUUCUGCUCUUUACGUCUUGGGGCUAGGAUUGAUUACUCUCUCAGCAUCUCUUUCCACAGCAACUUCCGGCUGCCAAAAUUCCACCGCAACUUGUUCCACUCCCCAGCUCGAGAAGGUCUUCUUCUUUGUGUCUCUGUAUUUAGUGGCAGUGGGGCAGGGUGGGCACAAGCCUUGUGUCCAGGCUUUUGGAGCUGACCAGUUUGAUGGGGAGGAUCCGGAGGAGUGUAGAGCCAAGAGCUCCUUCUUUAACUGGUGGUAUUUUGGUCUGUGUGGAGGUUCCUUUGUAACUAUCUCUGUCGUCAUCUAUAUACAGGAAAACCUCAGUUGGAGCCUUGGAUUUGGAAUUCCUUGUGCUGCAAUGGUGAUUGCAUUCCUUGUGUUUGUGCUUGGAACCAAAACAUAUCGAUAUAGCAUUACACAGCAUGGAAAGAAUCCAUUUCUAAGAAUUGGUCGAGUUUUUGUUGCUGCAAUUAGAAACUGGCGAACUCCUCCUCCUUCACCAAUCAAAAUUGAAGACAGUGGGAAUACAACAGUUUCAUCUCAACAGUUCAAAUUUCUUAACAAAGCUUGCUAUGUUCCGAAUGAUUUGAACCAUGGCAGGACUGCUUGCACGAACGAUGAGGUUGAAGAAGCAAAGGCAAUUCUCAGGAUAAUUCCAAUUUGGAUUACAACACUUGUUUUUGCUGUUGUGUUUGCACAGACAGGCACCUUCUUCACGAAGCAAGGGGCUACGAUAGAUAGAUCGGUUAUGUCGGGCUUCACCGUGCCUGCUGCUUCACUUCAGUCCGUCAAUCUCCUUGUCUGUGUUGUGUUUGUGUCCAUCUAUGAUCUUUUAUUUGUUCCAGUGGUAAGAGCUUUAACAAGAAACCCCGUUGGCAUAACGAAGCUGCAGCGGAUUGGAGUUGGGAUGGUUUUAUCGGCUGGUUCGAUGGUGAUUGCAGCUCUAGUUGAAAUAAAGAGGCUAAAAAUUGCUCGCCAACAUGGGCUGAUUGAUCUGCCUGAAAUUACCAUUCCAAUGAGUUUCUGGUGGCUGAUUCCUCAAUACGUGUUGCUUGGAGUUGCAAACGUUUUCACAGUUGUUGGUCUUCAGGAGUUUUUCUAUGAAGAAGUCCCAAAGGAUUUGAAAAGUAUGGGGCUUGCUCUCUAUGGGAGUUUGUUUGGAGUGGGAAGUCUUGUGAGCAGCUUUUUGGUGUCUGUGAUUGACAAAGCUACUCAGAUUGAUGGCCAAGAUAGUUGGUUUGCCAACAAUCUAAACAAGGCACAUCUUGAUUACUUCUAUUUUCUGUUGGGUGGGCUUAACUUGUUUGGAUUUCUGGGCUUUUUGUACAGUUCCAAAUCUUACAUUUACAGUAGCAGGUCAGCUACAAAUUACGACGCCGCCCCCCGGCUCCGAUCUCGGUGGACAUCCGCCGCCUUCAUAAUCGCCGUCGAAAUUGCCGAGCUCUUCGCUUUCUACGGGAUAAACACCAAUCUCAUUACGUACUUGACCGGAGAGAUGGGGCAGUCCAUGGCCGCCGCCGCCCGGAAUGUCAACAUCUGGACCGGAACCGCCUCCUUGCUCCCUCUCCUCGGCGCUUCUUUGGCCGAUUCCUACCUCGGACGCUACCUUACAAUUCUCCUCGCCUCCGCUCUUUACGUCCUGGGGCUCAGCCUACUCACACUCUCAGCUGUGGUUGCUUCAGGCAGCGGUUUCAACGACGAGUCGGGCACCCGAGCUUCGUCUCGGACUCUCAUGGAUGUGAUGUUCUUCAUCUCUCUGUACUUGGUGGCAUUUGCACAAGGAGGACACAAGCCUUGUGUUCAGGCAUUUGGGUGUGAUCAAUUUGAUGGGGAAGAUCCUGAUCUAGAAUGCAGAGCCAAAUGCUCUUUCUUCAACUGGUGGUACUUUGCUACCACUCUUGGCUCCUUCACUGCACUUUUCAUUUUAAGCUACAUUCAAGAUAACCUCGGUUGGGGUCUCGCCUUCGGCAUUCCCUGCAUCUCCUCACUACUUGCUCUCCUCAUUUUCUUGCUCGGGACUCCAACUUAUCGUUGCGUCACCAUCACCGUCCCCGACCACGGGGACAAACCAUUCGUCAGAAUUGGUCGGGUUUUUGUCAAUGCCGCUCGAAAUUGGAGGACGACGCCUAAUUUGAACAUUGUUGUUUUGGAGGAAUUAGGUGAUCAAGAUGCAAUGCUUUAUCAAAAAUCUGGACACUUCCUCAACAAGGCUUUGGUUGCUCCAGUCGGCUCCGAUAAAGGUGGAACGACAUGUAGCGUAUCCGAGGUCGAGGAGGCGAAGGCCGUCCUAAGGCUCAUUCCCAUUUGGGUAGCAAGCUUGACAUAUGCCGUUGUUUUAUCACAAUGCUCUACUUUCUUCGUCAAGCAAGGCUACACUAUGGACCGAUCGAUCACACCGAGCUUCAAAAUCCCCGCUGCUUCGAUCCAAUGCUUCGCCUGCCUAGGCAUCGUGCUCUUCGUCCCCAUCUACGACCGAGUUGUGGUUCCAAUAGCAAGAACAUUCACCCUCAAACCCUCUGGGAUCACAAUGCUGCAAAGAAUUGGAGUUGGGAUGUUCAUAUCCACUAUUUCAAUGGUGGUUGGCGCUCUGGUCGAAGCUAAAAGGCUGUCGAUUGCUAGAGAACACGGCUUGACCGACAACCCUAACGCAACGAUCCCGAUCAGCGUGUGGUGGCUGAUUCCUCAAUUCACCUUGCUCGGAGUUUCAACCGUUUUUACGAUGGUGGGUCUGCAGGAAUUCUUCUACGAUCAAGUUCCGAGCGAGCUGAAGAGCCUGGGACUUGCACUGAAUCUCAGCAUCUUCGGGGUCGGGAGCUUACUAAGCGGCGUUCUCGUGUGCGUCGUUGAAGAUGCAACCGUUGGGUAUGGAAGAGAUGGCUGGCUUGAUAACAAUAUGAACAGGGCGCAUCUUGAUUACUUUUACUGGCUUCUCGCUGGCCUUGGAGAGGUAGGAUUAGUUGCAUAUUUGUAUUUUGCUAACUCCUAUUUAUAUAAAUACAGCGCAGGAAGAUCAACAGUUUAGUGUGUGCAUCAAAUAAAAAUUUUCCUCAAGAGUAUUUUUUGUCUAA